AAAUUUUACAUAUUCACUGUGUUUUAAUUUAGCGCAUUUUUCCAGUCAGCGAAAUAAGCUAAAUUAAAACCCAGUGAAUAAUUACCCCCUUUACAGUAUCACAACGAUGGUUCUCUAACUUGUUAUUGUUACAUUUUCUCACCCAUAGGCUCUCAUAUUUCUAGAGAAUCUACUUGAUUACGUAGAAACAGCUGGUGCCAUGUUGGCUGCUGGUAAAGGUCAUGGGGAAACCAAUAAAAAAAGAGUUGCUAUGUAUGUUACCAAAGUUCUAGGUGGUCUUGGGCUCAAUUUGGACCAGAAAGCGAAGACAUAUGCUGAUAAUUAUCUAAAGUAUAUCUUUUUACUCAACAAUCAUCAUUAUAUACUGAAAUCUCUACAAAGAUCAGGAUUGAUAAAGCUAGUUGAGUGUGCCAAAGAAAAUGUGGAACAACAGUAUGAGGACAUUAUCUUAGAACAAAAGAGGCAAUAUUCUAAGAGUUGGAGUAAAGUUUUAACCAACAUAUUGGAAGUUCACAAACCAGUAUCAUCACAGAGAGCCACUCCUGAAAUUGGUGGCAAACUUAAGGACAGAGACCGACAGAAUAUCAAGGAUAAAUUCAAGGGUUUUAACAAUGCAUUUGAGGAAAUCUACCAAAUACAAAAGCUUUAUGCAAUUCCUGAUAUGGACCUUAGAAAGAGUCUUAUUGAAGACAACAAGAAUUACAUUUUACCUCCCUAUAAACUGUUCAGAGAGAAAUAUGCAUCUGUGCAGUUCACGAAGAAUCCUGAUAAGUACAUAAAGUACACAAUAGAUGAAGUAACCAAUAUGAUGGAUAAGUUCUUUGAUGCUUCAGCCUAAUGAACUUUAUGCAGAAAUGAUCCAAGCAAACCAGUGUGUGGGGUUCGCAGUGCUGUGAAAUGUCAUUCAGCUAGAUUGAAUGUUACUCUCAUGUCAAUUACCACAGAACAUGUUUUAGUUUUACCAAGAAAGAAUACUGUUAUAUGGCCAUUUGCAAAAUUAUAUUGCUUUCUUUGUACAGUUUAUGUGACGUUAGUGCAAUAUACGAUGUAUA